GGCCAUCGACUGUUCCCCGUUCACAGUUCAGUAUUUGAACAUAUGCUGAGCUGUAAACACAUGAUUGGCCAGCUGCUGGGCCGGCAGCUUAAGCGCCACGCCAGCCACGGCGUUACGGCCAGACUGUUGGAGCAGCGUUACGUGGAGCUAAUUCAGCCAGACGGACGGCAACUCAAGUACCCGAGUAUCUGGCUGCGUGACAAUUGCCAGUGCUCGGAGUGUUUCCAUGCGGCGACUCGAGCACGCAAGAGCCACUGGGAACGCGGCCCGCUGCACGUACAAGCGGAGCGCGUCAGCUACGAUGAGCAGCGUCAGCAGCUCAUUGUCAACUGGCAGGAUGCUCACAACUCUAUCUAUGACCUCGACUGGCUGCAGCAGCGCGACUUCAGCGCGGAGGCCAGGCAACGAUAUCUGGACGAGGUUUACAAACAACCGGCUCAGCUUUGGGGCAAGCCGCAGUUUGGUGCAGUAACUCGCGAAUUCGCCUACAAGGAUGUGCUCCAGAAGGACUCAGUUCUGCGCGCCUGGCUCGAGGCGCUGGCCGUGCAUGGCUUUGCGCUUCUGCGUGAGGCUCCCCACGAUACCCAGGUCGUGCGCCAUCUGGCCGAACGCAUUGGGUACAUCAAGCAGACCACCUACGGGGAUGUGUUUGAGGUCAAGUCGAAGCCCAAUGCUGGAAACUAUGCCUACCUGAUGACGCCGCUGCCGCUGCACACAGACAUGCCCUACUAUGAGUACAAGGCGGGCAUCAACAUUUUGCAUACGCUGGUGCAAUCGGAGUCGCCGGGAGGCGCCAACACGAUGACCGAUGGCUUCUUUAUAGCCGAUAAGAUGCGUCGAGAGCAUCCGGAAUAUUACGAACUAUUGCGCACCAUACCUGUUAACUGGUAUGACAUUGGACACGAUGGAGACGCCGGCAAACCGUUCCACAGUCUGUGGCGUGGCCCUGUCAUUUGCCUGGACAUUGAUGGGCACUUUGCACGCAUCAAUCAGAACACCACCAAACGUGACAGUCGCUUUACAGUGCCCUUAGAGCAGGCAUUAGCCUGGUAUGAGGCGUACGAUAAGUUCCUUGAGCUGGCCCAGGCCGAAGCUGUGGAGUUCAAGACGCGCCCUGGUGAUGUGUUUGUGUUUAAUAAUCUUCGAAUGCUGCACGGACGUACCGCAUACGAGGAUUCGGCGCAAAAUAAGCGGCAUCUCAUAGGAGCCUACGUUGACUGGGAUACUAUUUACUCCAAGAUACGCACCCUAAAGUUUCCGAAUGUAAAGUGUUAGCCCAUCCGUGUGCAUUGAAAGUGACAUAGAUAUUGCUUACAAUGUUA